CAAUAUGAUUUGGUUGGCAUUCACGCUAUUUAUUGCUACAAGAUGUGUGGAUGCUCAGGUAACAGCGCAGUCCAGUGUAGCACCAGAGCUACGGGAAUGCUAUACAAAUCCACAGUUUCUUGAUAGAAAUAACUUACCUCCUACGACGUUACCUGUUCUAAUAGAUAUCAUACAGCAAAUCGAAGAUAAUCCAAAUAUUAAUAUGGACUUAAGACAAUUAGCCGUACAGCUGUUGCAUACGUAUAGACAAGAUGGUAUCGAAUUUCAUCAACCCGAUUCUAGUACAGUAUUAUCUUCUAAUGUGCUUCCAUAUGCACCAACUUUCCACUCCUUCCAUAGACAUCGGCUGUUAUUAACAAAAAUUAUACCAGGAUAUUCACAAGUUUUGCCAAAUAACACGAUUAAUUCCGCCCUGAAGUGUGCUGUACAUCAUAUGCUGUCAACAACAGUCGAUGCUAGAGUAAGAGGAAAUGAAAAUAGUUGCAAUCAACUAUCCCAGUAUCGCGCAUUAAGAACUGCUAGACGUGUUCCACGCCAGGUUAAUGCGGAUGAUGUAGAAAUAUUAGAUCUGGAUGCACUGAAAUCAGCAAACACAAUGGGAAAGAUGCGUCACUAUGAUCCAAAAAAUGAUGUCGAGUACACAAGUAUUGGUGGCUCGAAAUCCGAGCGUCAAUUAUUAGGGAACAGUCAGUGUCCAUUGCUAAGUGGAGCAGUGUUCACAAGAUGGGGAGCUGUAUCCGCCGGUCAUGUCAUUGCUGGUAUAGCAGGAGGCGCACAGUUCCAACGUGUACCUAUAUCAGAAUUAACCAAAGGAUCUCUGAAUGAUUACUCCAACGUUCAGCAAACGGUUUCUUCGAUAUUUACAGCUACCUUAUCAGGUGAUUUAGCGGAAGUUGUUCUCAUACAAGGAACUGAAAGAGGAAAUGCUAUAAGCGUUGGUGUUGCUGGUAACUGGAAUUCUACCCAAGCUCCAAGAUAUUAUAUGUUACACAACCGACUUAAUGUCGAAAUGACUGAUCCGGAGAUUCGUGGUGACAUUGACGGUUUUGUCCUUGGAACUCUGAUAAACUCUAACGUAGAUACUUCUGGAACAUUGAAAUUAUCUCAGCUACUUGAUAUGUAUUAUAGUCCUAGGAAUGGUGUUUAUAAUUCUGCUAGAAGAGCUUGUAAUCGUAGAGGUUUGAGCCAAGAAUUUAUUGACCGCGAAACAUUAAUAGCCGAAUCUCAAGCAUUUGUUGCAGCUUUGGAUACAAGCAUGCCCCUUAGAGGAACAAUCGUCAGUGGGCUUGAUCAAUUAGUAAGCAGCGCAGUACAGAAUUUCCAAACCUAUACAACUAACAACUUAAACGAUCUAAGCUGCAUAAACUCUGAAACAACAACAAAUGACUUUAGAUUAAAGACAAACUUAUACAUUGUUUUGGACGCUGCGUGGCCAUAUCAGGCUGUGUAUCCUGCUAUUUCUUUUCUUCUGGACGGUAUUGAAGUGGGAAAAUUUGGUUCAAGUGUGACACUACUUAGUGCUUUCGACGGAAGUGUAAUUGUAAACAAAACGUUUUCACUGGCCGAAUUUCACAGCAAUUACACUUUAACAAGGCAUCAAGCAUUGUUAAAUGGAGUAAAUCUUGAAAAUACACUUUCAAAUAUUAGAAUUUCUAUGCAAACCGAACUAGAGAACGAGAAAACUGCGAAUUAUGUUGGUGGUAAUUCUAGUGUCCUAUUGUUCCUGUUAAAUACUGGAAAUAUUAAUAUUAAUGAACAAAUUAUUAAUGAUGCUCGUCGUCUAAACGAGACAGUUCCAGAUCUUAGAAUACUGUUUGCUACAUCCACGAAUCAAUUUGAUACUUUAUGGAAUUUGGUCCGUGAUAUGCAUAAUGACAUCAGAACAAUAUCACUAAACAAUGAAGGCACAAAUGUGGAAAAUACUAUGAAUCCAAUUCUUACGCGAAUUCAAACAGUCGGAAGAAGAAUCGUUAAUUCAAAUUGUGGCUCAACUUUUUAUCAAGAGUGGACUUCAGGCACACGACAAUUUGCCGAUAAUGUUGAACCAGGAUAUAUAAAUUUCUACACCAUAAGCCCCAAUUAUUUCUUUGGUAACAACGAUAACAGAAAAGUACGGAUUUCGCGAACUGGUUCCUCUGUUGGUAGCCUUAUUGUUUGUCAAUCACGAACUGUUGUACAACCAAGACAAAAUGUAACCACGAUUGGGGCUGAUGCGGAAGCUGUUAUUUGUCAGACCCUUGCGUCGGGGAAUGUUGAAAUAAGCCUUCGAGGUGCCUGCGAUGGUCAUUGGCUGAUUGGUGCCUGUCCCCCGUUCUACAUUUCUGUUCAAUCACAAGUAACAGAUACUACAAGUCUUAGUGCUACAUGUACAGAAUUCGCAUGCAGAUUCCCAUACAAUGUCAGGUAUCAAGUUCAAAUCGAAGAUUUCGGAUGUUUCAGUAGCGCUGGAACUGCUGGACUAAGCUUAAUUUUAGGAAUUACUAUUAUUCUGUUUAAUUUGGUAAAACUAUUUUAAUUAUUGUAAGGAAUUUAAUAUUUAUAAUGUAUGUGACAUUUUGACAUUACAUUAGUUUCUACGAAAUGUAUUGAGUAAGAAGGUAUCUAGAGCAUAUAUAUGAUAAAAUUUAUUAUCAAUUAUUAAUACCUGUAGGUAACAUAUGUAAUAUGAUGUGUCUGCAUUUUAAAAUCAAGCAAAAGUGGUUGGUAGAUUUAAAUUAAGAUACCUACUUACUUCCUCCUUAAUUUUUCUAUUAAUGGUACCACCUAAUUACCCAAGGAUAUCCACUAAAGAGUUUAAUUCAACUCGCGUUAUCCAUCCGCACGUUGCUUUAUCCAUCCCCAUAAUCUUAACUGAGGAUAAUGAUCACUAAUCAGCAUCCCGUCUUGAGACCAAGCGAUACAGCACAUUACCGCAACCAAACAAACCUAUUGACACUCAUCUUCAGUUUUUCUCCGUGAUCUCUCGAUUUUUUUUUACUUUUUUUGUCUAUAGAUUUUAAAUAAAACUUUAUAAAAGCGAAUUUGUAAGGGCAUCUUCUGAAUACCUCAUUUAAUUAUUAAAUUAUAAUGCCAUAUCUAGGAAAAUAAAGUUUACCUUGAUUCAUUUUUUUUUGCUUUCGGUUUUAAACUUUGUUGACUUUCAUGAUCCCACCUUUUACAAUUUGGUUUGUUUAAUAUUUAAGCCAUGUUGGUGUAAAUAUUUUUUAUGACAUUUA